GUGGCGGUAAUGCAAUGACAUGAAUGAACGACAGUCAUAAAAUCCCAAAGAAGAAGAAGAAGAAGAAGACAAAGAAAAUGGCGCAUGGUCUGUUUUGUUGAAUGUUCGACUGUUUCUCUAAACGAGUUUAUCAACGAGCCGUUAACUGCUGCUGAAGAAACAUUCACAGAGUUUAAAGAAAUCAUCGUCAAGUCGGAGGAAGAGAUGGAUGAUCAUCGCAGACUGCUGGAUUUCUCCCGGAGGCCCCAGAUAAUCUUACACCGAAUAGAUUCCCUGAAGUGUAACGUUUAUAACCAGGAGAGGAAAUCCACUCUGGACCAGGAGGAGUUAGAACCUCUGCAGGUGAAACAAGAACAGGAAGAGCCUGAAAAUCAUCAGAUAAAAGUGGAAGAGAAAGAAGUUUACUGCAGUCAGGAUGAAGAACAGAUUGAAUUAAAACAGGAGACUGAUACCUGCAUGGUGGUUCCUGUUGAUGAGCAAACAGACCACACUGAAUCAGAACCAAACAGGAACCAAGACAUCUUCCAGGAAGCUGCUGAAGCUGAGAACCAAAAUCAGGAAAGAAGAAAACCUUUCUCAUGUGUCAUCUGUGAAAAACGUUUGACUUUCAAAUCUGUUUUUGAUGCUCACAUGAGAACUCAUACGGGUGAAAAGCCGUUUUCAUUUCCGUUUUCAUGUGUGACCUGUGGAAAAAGUUUUAGUCGAAAACCGGCUUUAACUCAGCACAUGACGAUUCACACUGGUGAAAAGCCGUUUUCAUGUGUGAACUGUGGAAAAAGUUUUGGUUAUAAACCGGCUUUAACUCAGCACAUGGUGAUUCACACUGGUGAAAAGCCGUUUUCAUGUGUGACCUGUGGAAAAAGUUUUAUUCGAAAACAGGAUUUAACUCAGCACAUGAGAAUUCACACUGGUGAAAAGCCGUUUUCAUGUGUGACCUGUGGAAAACGUUUUAGUCAAAAACCGCAUUUAACUCAGCACAUGAUGAUUCACACUGGUGAAAAGCCGUUUUCAUGUGUGACCUGUGGAAAAAGUUUUGGUUAUAAACCGGCUUUAACUCAGCACAUGAUGAUUCACACUGGUCAAAAGCCGUUUUCAUGUGUGAACUGUGGAAAAAGUUUUAGUCAAAAACCGGCUUUAACUCAGCACAUGAUGAUUCACACUGGUGAAAAGCCGUUUUCAUGUGUGAACUGUGGAAAAAGUUUUAGUCAAAAACCGGCUUUAACUCAGCACAUGAGGAUUCACACUGGUGAAAAGCCGUUUUCAUGUGGAAAUUGUGGAAAAAGUUUUUGUCAAAAACAAAGUUUAAUUCGGCACAUGAGGAUUCACACUGGUGAAAAGCCGUUUUCAUGUGUGACCUGUUUAAAAAGUUUUAGUCAUAAACAUAAUUUAACUAAGCACAUGACGCGUCACACAGUUGAAAAGCUGUAGAAGUAUGUUCCAUAAAUGUCUUGUGUUGUAUUUGUUAAAUGUGAUCAUUUUGAUCUUCACAUUUGGAUACUUACAGAUGUUCAACCAUGACACAUUUUCCUUCAUUGAUGUUUUAUUUUUCUGGUAUAUUCUGUAUCAAA